AUGCGACAACGACCCAGGGACGUGCCGUAUCGCAUUCCUUGUGCGCAGUGUGAUAAGACUUUCUCUAAGGUGGAGCACUUGAAUCGCCAUCAGUUGGCCCAUACUGGAGAACGUCCUUACAAGUGCCCAAUUUGCACCAAAGACUUUGCUCGAAGAGAUGUGCUCCUUCGUCAUCGCCGGAAUCAUUCCACGAAGGACCAAGAAAAGCUAAGUACGGUCCCAAAGGUGAAAGGCCAAGAACUUGCGCAAAGUCAUCAAGAUGGGUCCCCCGAGAUCUGCAUCGACGGCCACAUUGAUGAGAUUGUCAACUCAACGAUGAAUGCGAAGAAUCCAUUCUCGGAAGUAAUACCUCCAAUGACGGGAAAUCCCGAAUUACCGGAAGUGAGAAGAGCUGCAGACUCUAAUACCGAUUUCUUGAAUCUGCUUUUCAAUUCUCCGUUUGACGACCCACUCACCUCUACUCCGGGCGUUCUGAACAACAGCUCUUCCGUGACCCUGGGGAUCAACAGCCUCGUUCAUCCUGCGCUGGAAGUUUUCGAUAACACUGGAGUCAUUAACAACACUAGAAAUACUCUCAAGCCUUUGAAUGAUAUCAGGAAAAUUUGGCCGGGGAAGUCACAGUCCACCAGACGGCCGCGGUUCUGGCACGAGAUUGCGUUCAAUUCUCCAGAUAACAUAUUCUCCAGCCACAAUAUCAGGAUGUAUCCGGAAAAUGCCCAAGAUAUUGCCGAUGAGAUUGAGACAACUGAUGUCAGUCUUACUCACGAGGUCAAAGAACGCCUUCGACUCCUAAAAACGAGGAUCCUGACAUGUCCCUGCAAUAAUGUUUUCGUUGACCAGUCGACAUGUGGCCAGCGUUAUCUUUGUAUAAAUACGACUGAAGUAUUUGACCAGGGAAUUUACCUGUACCUCCACAAAUAUCAGCCGUCAUAUCUAGUCUUACAUCCUGCUACCUUCCACCCUGAAAACGUUUCAGAGACCUUACUGUUUGUCAUGUGCAUGAUCGGAAUCUCCUUCCUGAAGACCGAAGAUGCAGCGAGUUUCAUUCGACGAGCAUACCCGGAAAUUUUGAAUGAGGUAUUCACUCAGUUCAUUUUUGCGACAACGGAGUCUCGAGCACCGACCGAGAUCCUGAAUCAUCUUGUGCUAGCACAUCAUGUUCUUUUUAUAUUCAUUUCAACUGGGGGAAACCUUGCUCCAGAAAUGUCACGAACUCUGUAUCUGCAUACUAUGAUGACAGCCCAACAGUAUGGUUUCUUCUGCUCCAAAGAUAACGAGAAUUUUGAGCAAUUGUUACCUUUACAUUUAGAGGCGAGUGUGCGAUGGAAAGCGUGGAGUAGAGUGGAGUCAACGAAAAAUUUGAUCAUAGGUCUUGUUUUGCAUGACUCCUGGCUAUCGGACCUAUUUACAAUAAACCCGAUCAUACGUACGGAUGCCAUAUGCCUCUCGCUUCCCCAAGAAAAUGCCCUCUAUCUGGCACCAUCAAGCAGGAAAUGGGAAGAGUUUUCAAGAGUCGCAUCUCACGUCAACCAAAUUCUUGAAUUAUCAGCCUAUGGCUUUACACUGCCCACUCUACAGGGCAGGACACAUGCCUUUUCCCUAUACGGGCUUCUGUGCACUGCGUUGCUCCGUGUGACUGCAGAUACCCACCGGUUGAUUCGCAGCUCCGACUUGAUCCCUCCAGAACAGCGUCGAUACGUGCCUUGCAACACGUUUCGCUUAGAUAGAGGUGCCAGUGUUUCUGCUCCGCUUCUGACGGAAAUGAUUCAGCUUUACGAGGAUACUCUCAGGAACUCUAAUCCAAACUGCAUUGUGAUCUGGCACAGUGUCUGUAUCUUGCUGACGGUAGAUAUUGACGUCCUCGGACGUGCCGCUGGUCGUGACGGCGCUGAGUCCAUGGUGGAAGCCCGCAAAGCUCUCGCUUCUUGGGCACAAACUGCUUCCGCACGAAGAGCGUGUCUUCAUGCAGCUCAAACCUUCAGGAUCUUGUCCCAUCGCAAGCCUGCAGAUGGUACUGCAUUCCAGUCGGUUCGCACGCUGUUCAUGGCCGCCCUAGUCCUCGGGAUGUAUAUACUGACCAACUCAACAUUCCCACAAGCAGACAGUAGUGAUGAUGGGACUCCCUUUGAUCUAGCCAAUGCUGACGUUGACUGGAGGAUGGUAGGCGACGAGGGAUUUUCAUCUUCAGAAUUGUCAAUCACAGAAGACACAGGGAGAGUAGAGCAUGAGGCUAUCAGAUUCAUCCGUUUUGGUGGACCAGUUGUCAUCGAUCGAAAAAUCUAUUUUCCAGGUGCUCGUCAUGCCCAGCGCAUUAUUCUAGAGUUUGCUGGCCUUCUGGACGAAGUGGGAACACACUGGAUGGCUGAUUAUGCACGGCUAUUGUAUAUAAUUCAUGACAUGAUGACUGACUGA